CUCAUCUCCAUUUUAUACUAAUUCCACACAAUUUCACUCACCACAACAAUUCAUGGACUCCACACCCGGAAAGGUCUCCAGCAUGGAAAAGACGCUACUGGCACCGUACGAAUACCUGAGCCAGGUUCCCGGAAAGGAGAUUCGCUCGGUAAUGAUCAAGGCGUUCAAUAGCUGGCUGCAUCUGGACACAGCCAAGGAGCAGGCGAUUUCGAGCAUUGUGCGAAUGCUUCAUACGGCGAGCUUAAUGAUUGAUGACGUCGAGGACAACUCUGACCUGCGGCGAGGCGUCCCGGUGACACACAAGAUAUACGGCGUGCCAAUGGCGAUCAAUACGGCCAAUUACGUGUACUUUAUUGCUCUGUCCGAGGUUUUGAAGCUGCAGAAUCCCAAGGCGGUCGAGAUAUUCACCGACGAGCUCUUGAACCUGCACCGCGGCCAGGGCAUGGACCUGUACUGGCGCGACACACUGACGUGCCCGAGCGAGUCGGACUACCUCGAGAUGGUGUCGCACAAGACCGGCGGCCUGUUCCGUCUCGCAGUCAAGCUGAUGCAAGAGAGCAGCGACAUGCCAAAGGACUUCACGGAUUUGGUGAACCUCAUUGGCGCGUAUUUCCAGAUCCGUGAUGACUACAUGAACCUGCAGUCUUCCGACUACUCAAACAACAAGGGGUACUGCGAGGACCUGACCGAGGGCAAGUUUUCGUUUGUCAUCGUCCAUGCCAUUACACACGGCGAGGACGGAGAGAUCAUGAUGAGCAUCCUGCGGCAGAAAACAAACGACGACAAUGUCAAGAAAUACGCCGUGUCGCUGAUGGACAAGGCAGGGUCGUUCGAGUACACGAAGCAAUAUUUGAUAGAGCUGGAGCACAAGAUCGAAGAGGAGAUCAAGGCCCACGGCGGGAACCAGCUGCUGGAGGACCUGAUGCAGAAGCUGAGCGCGCCGUUCCACUAACCUUCCCAUAUAGUAUAGGGCAUGUGGCUAGACAUGUAAUUUUAAAGGCGGGUGGCAGGUAGUGCGCAUCUCGGUAUCUUUCUCCUUUUAAUUUACUAGUAUAACUUAUAUACAAUGGCU